AUGUCAGGUACCAAGUCUUCUGGGUUAGGGGCCUGUGAGUGGCUUCUUGUCCUCACAUCCCUGCUCAUCAUCAUCGUGACCUUCCCUUUUUCUGUCUGGUUCUGCAUAAAGGUUGUACAAGAAUAUGAGAGAGUAAUUAUAUUCCGACUGGGACAUCUGCUUCCUGGGAGAGCCAAAGGCCCUGGUCUUUUCUUCUUUUUGCCCUGCCUGGACACCUACCACAAGGUUGACCUUCGUCUCCAAACCUUGGAGAUACCCUUUCAUGAGGUGGUGACCAAAGACAUGUUUAUAAUGGAGAUCGAUGCCAUCUGCUACUACCGAAUAGAAAAUGCCUCUCUACUCCUAAGCAGUCUUGCUCAUGUGUCCAAAACUAUUCAGUUCCUCGUGCAAACCACCAUGAAGCGUCUGCUAGCACAUCGAUCCCUCACUGAAAUUCUUCUAGAGAGGAAGAGCAUUGCCCAAGAUGUAAAGGUCGCCUUGGAUUCAGUGACCUGUAUUUGGGGAAUCAAAGUGGAGAGAACAGAAAUUAAGGACGUGAGGCUGCCGGCCGGGCUGCAGCACUCCCUGGCGGUGGAAGCCGAAGCGCAGAGACAGGCCCGCGUGCGGAUGAUCGCUGCAGAAGGGGAGAGAGCCACCUCCGAGUCCCUGAGGAUGGCAGCUGAGAUUCUAUCAGGCACUCCAGCUGCUGUUCAGCUUCGAUACCUCCACACGCUUCAGUCCCUGUUCACAGACAAACCCUCCACCGUGGUUAUACCUUUGCCAUUUGACAUGUUAAAUUUCGUGUCUUCUCCCAGCAACAGAACUCAAGGAAGCAUCCCCUUCCCAAAUCCUUCCAAACCUGUUGAACCAUUGAAUCCUAAAAGGAAAGACUCUCCCAUGUUAUAAGAGGGCGGAGGAUACUAUGUGGGAACCUGCCAUGGAACAGCCACACCCCUGAGUGUUCUCACUUCCUGCCCUUUCUUUUGGCUGCCGGAUAGAAUGCCCUCGAAAUGUAUGAAGUUGCAAUGCAGCAACCUACCUACAUGAGAAGACAGGGAGAUCAUGUAAUGACCAAGAAGAGAUACAACAAGUUUAAGUAGAUCAUCUAGUCAGAGUAAUUAUGGGAAAGAGCUUUAGCCAACAUUCUACUUUGGAAAGAAUUUUGAGUCCAUAUAUGGCUAAACUUAGAUGCGGUUCAAAUAUCCUUUUUGCUGUGUGCCCUCUGGCCCCUUUGGCAAGGUCUUUGCUCCUCCCACAGCCCUUUCUACAUGCGCUGAUCAUUGUGUUUAUUACACUGUCUUGUAUAAUCCUGUACUUAAGAUGCAGGCUUCUCUCCAACUAUACUAUGAACUCCUCAAAGGUACAUCUUAGUUAUUCUCCCCUGACCACACUCAACCUUGUACACUCUACCCCAUCGUCCUCACACCUAAUCCUGAUACCUGCACCACAGUGACACUUAAAUGUCUCGGUGAAUGAGAGUAAAAGAGAUAUAGUUGGGCUAAAUAUAAAUAAAGAAUUUAAAAGGUGGUGUAGCCAUGGGCUCUCCAACUGCAUGCAAGAGCAACCUGGAGAGACUUUGACAGCUCAGGUCAGCAUAAUACCUACAGCUGCCACUCGUCUU